UUUCCCUCCCAAAAUCUACCCUUCAAGACGGUCGUUAUGUGUGACGCUCCGCUAGCCUAAAUUCCCGCGCCUUCGCCAGUGGAGCAGAAGAAGCACCGAACUUCCGCGCAGUCGCAGACAGACCAUUCCCUCGACAGCUCCAGCAGCACGUCGCAGCAGCAUAACAGCGUUUGAAGGCAUUAAUCUGAGCAGAAGCGUGCAGUGAAAAGCAUGUCCGAGCAAAUGGAGCAAGUAGGGCUACCGCCCGGUUGGGAUUGUAAAUACGAUUCCAGAACAGGUCGCUACUACUACGUGAACCUGUUCACCAAAACGACGCAAUGGGAGGAUCCGCGGGCCAGGAUCCGUCAGCUGCAAACUGGAGCACCACUUCACAUCUCGAACGAUAGCAUUUCCAUGCAGCCAGUGCAUGGUUCUCCCUAUCAUGUGUACCCCGCCAGUAACUCGUUCUAUCCAGCCCAGGCCGCCUUCCAGAAUCCACCCUCCGGUGUGCCGAGCCUUAAUGCUAGCCCCAACCUUGCCCAAAGAUUGCAACAGCAGCAGCAGCAGCAACACAUCGAAAUGUCACCGAUGGUACGGUCCAGCCCGCGGAUGGGGCUCGGCCGCCAGGGCAUGGUCGAGACGACGUUCACCACGAACGUGACGGCGGCCGAAACCGAUCUCACGGUCGCUAAAAUUAACUCCAUGUUUCCCACCGUGCCGGAAACCCACAUCCGGAUGCUGCUGAAGAAGUACUACAACCGUGAGGCGGUCGUAAUAAGCGCCUUGCAGGUGGAGAAGCAUCCGCUAACGACGCCCGGCCCGUACUCGACGCCACCGCUCGGCCACCGGCCCUUCCACAACACGGCGAUGGGCGUCGUGUCCGCGUUCCAGAUGACGCCCGUGCUCGGCGGGCGCAGUGAGAUGUCCAGCUCGCGCACCGGCAGCCCGGUACCGCGUCCGGCCAGCGGUGCCAGCGGCAGCUACGCCGGCGGAUACGGAUCGCCCCGGAACGGACCGGCGGACGGGUAUCGCAGCUCGCCGAAGCCCCACUCGUCGCCGAAGAUGAAGCUGAGGUACAUGAAGAGCAUCUUCCCGAAGGCGGAGGAAACGCUCAUCCUGGACGUGCUGGCCAAUGCGGACAACAACGUGCAGACCGCUUCCCAGCAGCUGCUCAAGAUGGGCUACGACAAGCGCGAGCAGCCCGUGCCGCAGCGCAGUUCCGCCUCCCGCAAGGGUACCGGCACGUCCCAAGCGACCGAGGACGACAAAAAGGAGGAGCUGAAAACACCGACACCGAAGCUCAAGUCGCCGGAGGAAAAGAAAAAAAUAAAAGCACGCCUGCAGACCAAGUACAAAGAUACGCCGGAAAAGAUCAUACUGAUGGCGCUGGAAAGCGUGGACUACUCGGAGGAGCGCGCCAAAAAGAUACUGAACAUUGUCAUCCAGGAGGACAGGGACAAGAAGAAGAGCGUCAAGAUCGAGACACCCCACAAGGCGGAGGAGGAUAAGGAGAAUGCACGCGCCAGUGCUGGGCCAAGUCGAAGCAAUAGCACCGCUUCAUCGCAGCCUCGCACACCGCUGCUGGCCAAACGGGCCCACGAUGGUAGCGGCGUGGCUGUGGCCCCUUCCCAGGACCCGGGCAAGACGACGGUGGACGGCACUGUUAAAGCAACCGAACAACAGCAGGAAGGCGCGGCAGCAGAAGCUUCAACAACCAUCGCAGCGAGCCUGGAAGCGGACCACUCGCCCGGUGCUAGUACGACGGAAUCGUCCAGCAGCGACACUACACCGGAUGACUCGUCGUCCCCGGACUCGUCACCGGCGACCAAGCUGCGAGACGGCGACGGUGUCCGGAGCGUUGGCAAGCAGAACCGCCCGAAAGCAAAAACCGAUCACGCAAAGUAUUCUAUUUUUAGAACAUCCUCCUCGGAAGACGAAUCCAGCGAGCAGCAGCAGAUGGGCACCGAUGGCAAGCUGGACGGCAAGUCACCGCAGCUAGCGUCCCGCAUCCCCACCAAGGGACCGAACAUGAAGCUGUUCAAGGGUCCGAACGAUGAUUUGCUGCUUACCGAUUACGUCACCUGGAACGGUGCCAAUCCCGAUCUGGCCAAGGGCAGCCAAAAGAAAUCGACCGGACCGGAUCGUGCGAUACGCACCGAGCGGACGUACAAACCGCACGGACCCAACGCCGAACUGUGCAAAGGGCCGGUUGGGUCGCUCGCCAAGGGCAGCAUGUACACGCAGCUGAUGAAGGAUGUCAAGUGUAACUAGUCGUGGACGGCGUAAGACGUUACUCCCGCAGGAGGGGAGAAACGUCCACGCUGAUGGUGGUACUGUGCUACACUACUUUCGUGCGAUUUCCAAAUCCAUCCAGAAAAUUAACCGUGUGAUGUUUUGAUAGAUGUAAAAUCGAUGUAAUUGGCACGUCCAGCACGUUUUUCUUUGGCAUGCGUAGUGUUGUUGGAGAAAUUCUCAUUCGUAAGAGUUGUGACCACACCGGUUUUCGAUGAAACAUUAAUAAUACUUAGGACUGUAAAAGGGGGACGGGAGGGCGUAGAAUUGGAAGUCGUGUAGAAGUGAAUUGAAGGUGCCCAUUGGUUGCGGUUUUUAGUUUGUAAGCCCCAACAUUAAUCGUCUAUUUUCCAUUUUUUAUCAAUUUACAUUUCAACCCCUAUAUUCCAAUAACCGGAUACCAAUGUUAGAUGAAUUAACCAAAAAGGGCCUAUUUUUAUAUGAGUGACUUAAAACAUUACCCAGUUUACAUUAUUCCUUAUCGUACACUUCAUCGAUGAUCGUGUACUAAACAAGAUGGCACCGUUGGUGCACAUGAUCAUUAAUUUACCAACACAGAAAAAAACCCAAAAUACCUUUACGUUGCCAUAGAAAUAGCAUACCACGUGUUUGAAUUGUUGCAGGGUUUCUGACUUAAAACAGCAGCUCGCACAUUUCCAACGCGCAAUCGACUUCAUGUGACAAUAGAGUCGGGAUAGUGCGCUGAGCGCUUGCAAGCCAAAAUUCUCGUUACAGUUUCUUAACCGACAAGAGAGAGCAGCCUAAAUCAUUCCAAAGACGCUAAAGAAACAGGUAUAGUGUUGAUGAACGGUAGAAGUAUUUAUAGUAAACACAUUACACUUACAACGGCCGAUAUUUGCGGAAAGCAUGAUAAAUGAUAUUUUGAAAUUCGAUUCAUCUCACUACUACUACUACAAAACGAUAUGCACUACUUACUAGAGGGGUUGACUUCUUACCAAACUGGGGACUCGCACAUUUGUUACUUGCAAAACGUACAUGACUAAUCACACAUAAUAGCGCAAAUGGAGUGGAAUAAGUUAGACGCAAUGAUAUUUUUCUAGCAACAGUUUCAAAAACACAUAUACACAAGCAUUCUAAAGCAAGAGCCGCAUAGAGCCACAGCAAAAUGAAUUACCGAUUAUGAUAAAAUGUAGCAAAAAAGCCGCUAGAGUUCGAAUAUAUUCUCAGAUGCGUGUAGUUCUAUUCGGAAGGGUGCGAGGCCGGAUGUCUCGGUAUGUGUUUGUUAAUGGAUUAAUGAAGUUGUUGUUUGCAUAGACUAAAUUCCCCGCACGUUUCCGAAGACAAGCACCGAAAGGAAAGGCGUAGUAAUGAGGAAUGAGGCAAUCUCACUUUUCAAGAUAGCACGUUACUUUGUGCCUACAUAUGUAUGCGAUACAUGAUAGAUCCUGUGUAAAAUGGUAGAAUGCUCGAAUUAGCCCCGAAAAUGUCAACACAUCUUGCGGUAGGGUUAAUUAAUGUAAAUUAAAAGCUUGCGGGUUUCUUAUUAUGCUGUUUAGGUUAACAUAACAAUUAUGUACUUUUGAUAUUUUGGACGACAGUGCCGUAAAUUCCACCAAAGAUCAGAACAAGAAUCUAUGGUUUUCCUUAGAAUUUAAGUUUGGGCCAUAUUUUAUCUAGUUUUUAAAGUUUAUCUAUAAUUAUAUUUGUUUGUUGAUUUUUGUUUAACGGGGAACGAGUUUUAAAUGGACGUUCAAUAGAUUUCUGUUCUGAUUUCA